AUGGAUAUAACCUUGCAGCCAAAUAAGGAACUGAAUCUGGGCCCCCAUGAACUAUGCUGGGAUCCCCAAAGGGUUGUAAUGUCUAUUAGAAGGAAACUAGGACUCUCUCUUCCGCUGGGGACCUGGGACUUUACAAAUAACUUGUUCUCACCUCCUACUUUUAAGACAGGAAGUCCAACUAUGUGGCGUGAUGCCAAUGUCCAGAAGAGAGAUUUGCAGGUUACUUUAUUUGCUGCAUACCAGGACAAUUUACAGAGUGCCAAGAGGGAGAGGACGCGCUGCCGGGCUUCCAAGAAGCUCAGUGUCGAUUGGAUCUUGCCGGUCCCACUAGGAGGCCGAGAACUGCGCUGGUUGGUUUCUGCGGCGGCUGUUGCUGGGACACCGCGUAAACACUGGGCUGCGCGGAGCCAGGUGCAGCCUCCCUGGCUUGUGGCCUGUGCGUUUGCCCUGAGAGGUGGUGGGCCACAGAAGGCAGAGAAGGAGUUUUCUUCAGUCAAGAUGUCUUCCAAAAGGAGAAAUUUGAGCUAUGCUGAACGACAUCAGAAAUUGGUAGAUGAAAAUUACAGAAAAAUGUCGCACAUUGAAGCGCUAAAAAAGAUAGAGAAUCAAGUCAGAGACCUCAAGGUGAAGAAUGAAAAUGAUGACCGUGUUGAGCGCAAACGAUUUCUCAGAUUAUUACAGAAUGAACAAUUUGAGUUGGAUAUGGAAGAAGCCAUUCAAAAGGCAGAAGAAAACAAAAGAUUGAGGGAACUCCAGGUUGAACAAGAAGAAAAAUUAGCUGCAGAGCUGGCAAAACUAAAACAUGAAUGUCUAAAGGAUGAAAAGAUGAGGCAACAAAUAAGACAAAACAGUGUUGAACUUAGAGAACUGGAGAAGAAAUUAAAAGUGGCUUAUGUGAAUAAAGAAAGGGCAGCUCAGAUUGCUGAAAAGGAUGCCAUUAAAUAUGAGCAAAUGAGUCGUGAAGCCGAAAUAGCUAGGACCAUGAUGGAAGAGCAUGAGCGGGUAAUCAAGGAAGAGAAUGCUAUAGAGGACAGGCGUCACAAAGUGAAAGCACAAUACUAUGACGACUUAGAGAAACAACUGGAAGAACAAGAGAAAAAAAAGCAGGAAGCUUAUGAGCAGCUCCUGAAGGAGAAACUCAUGAUCGAUGAAAUUGUGAGGAAAAUCUAUGAAGAGGAUCAAUUGGAAAAACAACAAAAGUUAGAAAAAAUGAAUGCAACUCGAAAGUAUAUAGAAGAGUUUCAGAAAGAGCAAGCUCUCUGGAGACAAAAGAAACGUGAGGAGAUGGAAGAAGAAAACAGAAAAAUUGCAGAGUUUGCCAAUAUACAAAAGCAAAGAGAAGAAGAUCGGAUGGCAAAAGUACAAAAGUAUGAGGAAAAAAGACUACAGCUUCAGGAUAUGAUGACUCAGAAAUUAGAAGAAAUGUUGCGGCAACGUGAAGAUUUGGAACAAGUGCGACAAGAAUUAUACCAGGAAGAGCAAGCUGAAAUAGAUAAGAGAAAACUAAAAGAAGAAGAAGAAAUGAAAUUGAGAAAGCAAAAGGAAAUGAAACAAAAUUUUGAAGAACAAAUGGCACUGAAGGAACUAGUACUACAGGCUGCAAAAGAGGAAGAAGAGAUCUUUAGAAAAGCCAUGCUAGCUAAACUAGCUGAGGAUGAUCGCAUUGAAUUAAUGAAUGCUCAGAAACAAAGAAUGAAGCAGCUAGAACACAGGAAGGCUGUGGAAAAACUUAUCGAAGAACGUCACAAACAGUUCCUUGCAGACAAAGAACGUGAACUGGAAGAAUGGCAGAUGCAGCAAAGAAGACAAGGGUGUGUUAAUACAAUUAUUGAAGAAGAGAGACUAAAACUUCUCAAGGAACAUGCUACAAAAUUACUAGGAUAUCUCCCUAAAGGAGUAUUUAAAAGAGACGAUGAUAUUGAUAUGCUUGGUGAAGAGUUUAGAAAGGAAUAUCAAAAAAGGAAUGAAGUUUAUGAAGAUAAAUGAAACCAUCAAGAUUUGGUAAAACCAGAUUCUUUUGUGUAUUACCACUAGAUGUCAGCAUAACUUUUGUUUUCAUUUCAGUGACCGUAGGAAUUCUUUAUCUGUUUGCAUCAUGAGAUAUCAUUAUCUCAUAACUUGUAAA